CUCUCUCGGUGUUAAGUGCCGAAACGGUGGGCGUGUGACGGCUGGAUGUAAACCGCCCCAUGCAUGGACAUUAGUGCGGAGGCGAACGUUUCUCCAAUCGGAGCAAUACCCCGAAAAAUGAACUGAGUUUUAGUAGUCGUCUGUUGUAGUCUGCUUUUUCUGAUGUGUGGUCUAUUAGUUGUGAAAAACCUGAUGGGGAAUCUUUUGUCUGUAUGCUAAUAGUCCCUCCGUUGGCGGAUCAGCCUUUUGUCCACGCACAGGUUUAUAUAGGGACCAUGCACCCGCUGACGUUUAUCCCAGUGUGAGGAUUGCACCGCUAUAUUUUUACCUCCAAACUCUUGAGAUACAGAAGUCCUGCCAUGAGUUGCCUGGAUGUUAUGUAUCAUCAGUCUUAUGGAGCCCAUCAGUACUUGCCGGCGACAUCGGCGGCUUACAAGGCUGCGUAUUACCGUCGCCAGCAGAAACAGCUAAAACAGCAGAAGAAACUCUGCUUCUACAGAAAGAUGCAGGACUCUCUGGAAGUAACAGCGGAGGGAAAAGAGCAGAAAGAGGAGCGUGGCGGGGAGAGGGCGGGUGGAGAAGGGGAGCCGGCAAAGGAGGGUCCACCCGCUGAGGCUGAGUACCUGAGCUCCAGGUGCGUCCUCUUCACCUAUUUCCACGGAGACAUCAGCGAUGUGGUGGAUGAGCAUUUCUCCCGUGCUCUGAGCCAGUUCAGCGCCUUUACUGAGGACAGGAAGGGCAGUCAGACCACUUUAGCGGGACGCUGGAAAGAUGGACCAUCUCUCCCUGCAGGUCCCUGCACCGGAUUCCCGUCGUCCCUGUGGAGCAGCAGUUACCCCCCACAGAGCAGUCCCUGUGUCCCCUCCAUCCAUCCCGAUUUCCCCCCAGGCACCGCUUUCCAUUCUGGGGACCCCAGCACAUGGGCUGGGCACAGUCUCCACCAGCCUGGCCUGUCUGCUUCAGCCACCCUGUCAGAGUCUUGGCACUAUGCCCUGGGGGGCCAGGGAGGCACGGGUUACCCCCACGUGCACGAGGUGUACCCCCAUGUUCAUGCCCAUCACACACAUCCACACGCCCAUCACAUGCUCCACCAUCCCCACAACCCCGCCCUGGACCCCCGUUUCAACCCGCUGCUGCUCACCAGCGUGCGUCCAGCCUGCAGCUCUGCCCCGCACUGUGAGGGGACCAAGACUGUCCCAGAGACAGGCAGCGGUCCGGUACACAGCUGGCCCAGUUCAUUCCAUGGGUCUCUGGACAUCAUUGAUUCAGUCGUGGAUCCGGAGAAAGGAAAGCCUUCUGUUUGGUUCUGAGAUGAAGGUGACGAGUGAGCCUUCUAACAGACAGUUUCCUGCGCUAAGACAGCGAACGUGAUGAAUUCCCUGGGAAUUCUUUCCGGAAAAGACUCCUUAGGGUCACGCACAGCAGCAUCUAUCAAGAACAUUAAAGUUUUACCAAAGCCAAAAGACUUGCCUUUUCUGGGAUUUUUGAUGAGAUUUACAAAGUAGUGUGUUGCCAAAGGAGAAAGUUCUCUCAGGAAGGACAUAUUUGUGACAGGACCUGGAUUCUAAGGUAUACUUUUCUUUUUUAAAAAUCUGUUAUGCUUUCGAUUUCAUUUUUAUUUUGAAUUGUUGUGAGUCCCUGUACACCCUGAUAGUUCUGUUUAAAGAACUGAUAUUGUUUGUGUACUACAGCUCAGCCUAUUAGAGAUGUUAUAUUGCUGGAAAAUCCCUUUAACUAACAGUGUCAUAUUUUCUUUAACAUAGAGUAUAAUGUCAUUCUUAGUGGUUUGUUAACUGCUUGGACGCAGUUAGUGGUUCAUUUCUUGGGCUCUCAUUUCCUUUCAUCGUUUGCGUGUGUACCGUGAACAUUUGCCUUUAUGGUGUAAGCUGGUGUAGCCAUUGAUGUGAAUUUAUAAAUUGCUAAGUUCUAUUGGCAAAUACUCAUUAGUUCCCUUUGCCUGAAAAAAAAGUUUAAUUGCGAUAUUAAAUAUUUUGAUGUGAAUCAGAUGUGCGUUGGAAAUAUACUGUUGACUCAAAAUCAAACUUUCCUUUCAAUGCAACCUUAGUAUUUUUAAGAUUGCCUGCCCCCCCCCGCCCGUAAUCCUUACAUGCCACUUAAUGGAUGCUCUUGUUUACAUCCCAUGACUGAAACAGUUGGGAGAAGGAUAUGUGCAUGUUCUACACAAAACAAUUGCCCUAAAGGGGAUGACUCCAUUUAUAUAACUAUAGGUAUAUUGGAAUAGUUUUAGCCGGCGUGUAUCAACACUAAACAGCCCUAUUUAAAUUCCACAUAAUUGACAUAACUUAUUAUGUAUUCAGCAAGCAGUGUUCUGUCCCACUCAAAUCCUGACCUCUUCAUAGCAUUUCUCUCUGUAACAAGGAAAUAUGAACAUUUCAGCCAUUGCAGAUACUAAUGCUGUGCAUUAAAAUUAGAUGUUUUCAUAGUUUUAUAUAUUAUGCACAGGCGCGUUUGUGUCAUUUGCAGGUUCAGCGUACCGGCAGCCAUAUUAAUAAAUUAUCAUACUGCGUCAGAGAAAAUCUGCUUUACUUCUCUGGCAGUCAGAUUCUACCCAGUGUUUAUGAAAAUGAAUACUGGAACCUUAUCCGACAGGGAAUGAAGAAACAGCCAGCUUCAAAUGUGUGUAAAUGUCCCAGAUUCUUACAUAAUAAUAAGUUCAUGAAUAUGUUUCUCAAAUAACAGGAAACAUGCUCUUCGAAGUCGAUGAGGAGCACAUUUACUGACUAAGCAGGAUGUCGUCCUCUGAGAGGGAUAGUAAACACAUACCAACAGCGUAAGCUGAGACCUUUUUUUGAUGGUUGCCAUGGGAGCUGAUGGGAGCUGGGGGAGGAAUUGUGGGAGGCAACUUAUAAAUGCAGGUUUGCCCGUACGGAGGCCCAGAGAAUGCUGGGAGUCUGUGCUGUGUGCUGAAUUUGAGUAUCAUCUUGGAAUACUGCAUCUUAAAAUAUUUUUGGGAUGGGAGUCUCUGUGCCUGAAAUUUUCCCCAUUCCUAAAAUGACUCGGAGCUCCAAAAGAUCUUCAGCCUGCUCUCCCACCUCCGGGUAUGAGCAGCAUCCUAGAGUCCAAGGCAUCCAAAAAGAUCCCACUGCCCACAAGUAGGGCACGCCGAUGGAAUGUGCUGGUCAUCUUUUAAGGUCUCAGAGAAAAGUUCUUGCAUUCCCAGUCACUGAAUAUUUAAGUCUCUGUAGCCUGUCCAUGACCUGCUGGUAGAGGACCGAGGCUUUUCCUGACCUCUCCUGGUUUGAAAGCAUGUCAUACAGUAGAUCCGAUUGUGGCUUAUUUUAAACACAUCAUCCUGUACAUCACACCACUUCUGAGACCUGGAUUUCUCCCUCCUUGAGUGCCUUGCAUGUUUUCAUUUCCUAUAGUGUUCCUCAGUAAUGAUGUCAUUGUCCUUUCUAUUUCUGUCAUUUUGAUUUGUUACCUGUGUAUAGUGAGGUGUAAAUGUUUUGUUGUUGAAUAAAAGUAAAAAUAAACUA